GCUCAUGAAGAAUUCAUGAACUCCUACCAGAGAAUAUUCCUGACGCCCAAAAAAAUAAUGCCUGCGAUUCCACUGGGCCAAGAAGGCAACGUCAGCCAUGCUCCACAGAGGCCUACAGCCAUAGAGAGCCAGGCUUCUCAGAAGAGAAACAGGAGCCAGCCCCGGGGGAAACAGACUCAAGAGAUGCUCUUCAACCAUGCGAUCAAAGCCCUCAAGAAGUUUCCUAUAGAGAGAUCUCAGCAAGAUCUUCAAGCCAUCCAUAAAAUGCUGAAGAUGUUUCCCUGUCUUACCACCCAGCUGGCCAAGCCAGAGCUACAUAAGGUCAGCUCUAUUGCCAUCAUCGAGACCUGGGACCGUGGCCAGAUUGUAUUUGGACACAAUGGAUUUUUCCUGAUAUUGAAGGGCUCAGUGAAACCAUACACCCGUGAAGCCCCCAUAGAAGACCAGAAAACACCUGCAAUUGGUGUAGGAGGUUUCUUUGGGUCUUUUGAACCUCCACAUUCUGAAGACACUGGCAUCAUCACGCAGUAUGCACUGACCCUGGAGGCCUGUGAAAUCCUCAAAAUCUCUCACUCUGGAUAUGCUAAGCUGAAGAAGGAGAUUUCGGCCCAGGUUUAUGCCAUGAAAGAGUCUUUAAUUCAGGGUUGCCAGUUCUACUUUGACUGGCCCAAACUUUCUAUCGACCACCUGGCCAAACUCAUUCAGCUGAAGACUUUCCCUGCCAAUCAAGUGCUGGUGAAGGAAGGCAGGGUGUGUCCGUUUGUGGCCUACAUCCGUGAAGGCGAGUGCACCAUCCUCCAGGACAUCGGCUCCCUGAUCAAUCCUGCAAAAAAAAAGGGUGGGGGGAUCAAGUCUGUUGUGGUCGGGAAGCUUGGCUGCAUGGAAUCUUUCGGAGAGGUCAGCAUUCUGCAAGAGCAGCCUUCUCCCUGCACUAUUGUCACUGCCACAGAGGUGCAGGCUGGAAUCAUCCAACCAGAGGCCCUACAAGGGCUGGAUUCAGUGACCAUCUCUUUAAUGCUACAGACAGCGCAGCCCACAUGUGGAAAGCUUAGUCAGGAGGAGAUAAAUAAGGAGUAUGUGAGACAAGAGAAGAGCAAAGAGUGGGAUCACAUAAAGAAACGAGUGCUGUCUGAUGCUCUAUUUUACAACAGUAUUCAACAGGGGUGUGGCAAAUGGACACUGAACAGAGGACCAAGAAAAACAGCUGACAAGUACAAGCUCUCCAUGUUUCCCUCCUCAUAAGAUGCACGCACACGCACACACGUCUGACGCUUUAAUGAUGAAGAAAAACAUUCAUUGGAACUCUUAGGCG